GUGGAAGACUUAGCUCAUCGUUUGCUGGGCUCUGUGCGCGUCGGAUUCUGGCUUUCCCCGUUGGUCCGGUCGCCUCAUUUGCGGAAAGAGUUGCUCAUUGAGCUGCGGCACGUGGUUUCAUUUUGUUAAGGAGCUCUUGGUCGUCGCAUUUGGUGCUGUGAAACUUGAGUGUUAACUUUGGAUCGCGUGGAUCACUAUAGGCGGUUGCGAAAGCGAACUUUUCGCGAGUUUUUUGUAUUGUCGUUGGUGCGAAAGUCGUGUGCUGUGAGUUUAAGGAUUGUAUUCUUCUCAGCGUACGGAAGUGAUCGGAGAGUAGUGACAGAAUUUUGGUGUGUUACGUUCAGGAACAGAAAUAACUAGUGCGGCAGUGGUAGUAUUUCGCUGGCGAUGUCGCGCGUUAUUGAUUUUCAUGGGGUUUGAGCGCUGUAGUCUGCGUUUGCUAUCGUCACCGCAUCACUUGCUUCUCUCGUUGAAUUCGUUGGGCCUGGCCUGUGCUGCUGCGAGGGAUUCUUAGUCCAUUUAUUUGUUAUGGAUUUCGACGUCUCGCAAUUUUUAAACAAUCAAGCCAUCGUUGGAAUUGCAGCUCGGUACACGUAAAGAGGCUUGUGUAAUAUUUGUCUUGGUCUUACCUGCAUGAGACGGUGCAAUCUAGGUCUUCCAAAUGGUCGGAAUUUGGAGGUGGUUGGCUUGAGCCUUUCGUGACAGGGUAUAUCGGUUUUCCUCUGGGGCUGAUAGAAGCUACAUGCAAUUGCUCUUUGACCCCGUAUUGACCAGCACUGAUUCCCCUCUCACUGUUUGGAACUAUGUUUAGCUAGUGUUUGCGGGACCGGCAAGAUUUCGUGAAACUGACCCUUCCUACGGCCAUUGCGUGCAGAUCAUCUAAUUUUUUGGUUCCUUACGAACAAUUUCAGCUGGUAUAAUUUUAUUUUUCUGGUGACGCGAUUCGCGGAAGGUUACGGUGCGUCGCAUCGAGAGUGCCAAAUUUAAAUACCAAGUUGACUGAAAGUAUUCAAGAUGGAUAACAGCUUGAUCGGCUUGGUUAAUCGGAUCCAACGAGCUUGCACGGUUCUUGGAGACUAUGGUGGCGAGGGUGCAGUUGCAAGUCUUUGGGAAUCUCUACCAUCCGUUGCUGUGGUGGGGGGCCAGAGUUCUGGGAAAUCCUCGGUGCUAGAGAGUAUUGUUGGCCGAGACUUCCUUCCCCGUGGUUCAGGUAUUGUGACACGGCGGCCACUUGUCCUGCAAUUGCACAAGACGGACGACAAGUAUGAGUAUGCAGAGUUUCUCCAUAUGCCCAAGAAACGGUUUACUGACUUUGCUGCUGUCAGAAAAGAAAUCUCGGAUGAAACCGAUCGGGUUACCGGCCGCUCCAAGCAGAUCUCCCCUGUGCCAAUUCAUUUAAGUGUUUAUUCCCCUAAUGUGGUGAACCUCACUCUUAUCGAUCUUCCGGGUCUGACCAAGAUUGCUGUUGAUGGACAAUCCGAUACCAUUGUUACUGAUAUUGAGAACAUGGUUCGGUCAUACAUUGAGAAGCCAAACUGUAUAAUUCUCGCUGUAUCGCCAGCUAAUCAGGAUAUUGCGACAUCAGAUGCUAUUAAGGUAGCAAGAGAGGUUGAUCCACAAGGUGAAAGAACUUUUGGUGUUCUGACCAAGUUGGACCUUAUGGACAAGGGUACGAAUGCUCUCGAUGUUUUAGAAGGGCGCUCUUACAGAUUGGUACAUCCAUGGGUAGGAGUCGUCAAUCGUUCUCAGCAAGACAUCAACAAGAAUGUAGAUAUGAUUGCUGCAAGGCGCAGAGAACGAGAAUACUUCCAAACUAGUGAAGAUUACAGUCAUCUGCAGAGCAAGAUGGGCUCAGAAUAUCUGGGCAAGGUUCUUUCUAAGCAUUUGGAAGCAGUGAUCAAGGCUCGAAUUCCUAGCAUACUUGCUAUGAUUAACAAGAUGAUAGAUGACAUCGAAUCAGAGUUGAACCAGAUUGGUAGACCUCUUUCUAAUGAUGCAGGGGCUCAAUUGUACACGGUUUUGGAGCUUUGCAGGGCUUUUGAUCAAAUCUUUAAGGAACAUUUGGAUGGAUCACGACCAGGUGGAGAGAAAAUCUACUUGAUUUUUGAUAAUCAAUUACCGGCGGCUUUGAAAAAACUUCCUCUUGAAAAGCACCUUUCCAUGCAAAAUGUGCGGAAGAUUGUGUCAGAGGCUGAUGGAUACCAACCACAUCUUAUUGCACCUGAGCAAGGUUAUAGGCGUUUGAUUGAGAGUUCGAUUAUAUACUUCCGCGGACCUGCUGAGGCAGUCGUUGAUGCGACACAUUUUAUUCUGAGGGAUCUUGUACGAAGGUCGAUUGGCGAGUGCAUGGAAUUGAAGCGAUUUCCAAGCCUUCAAGCAGAGAUUGCCCAAGCGGCUAUUGAGUCUCUUGAGAGGAUGAGGGAUGAUAGUAAGAAGACUGCUUUGAGGUUAGUAGAUAUGGAGGCUAGCUACUUGACAGUUGAUUUUUUCAGAAAACUUCCUCAAGAAAUAGAGAAAGGAGGAAACCCUUCUGCGUCAACAAUGGACCGUUACACAGAUGGUCAUUUACGACGAAUUGGUGCAAAUGUGUCGGCGUAUAUUAACAUGGUUUGUGAUACCCUGAGAAAAUCUCUACCCAAAGCGGCUGUGCAUUGUCAAGUUCGCGAGGCCAAGCGGUCUUUAAUGGACCAUUUUUAUACUCAAAUUGGCAAGCGAGAGGGAAAACAACUCUCGCAAAUGCUGGAUGAGGAUCCUGCUUUGAUGGAACGUAGAGUCCAGUUAUCGAAGAGACUAGAGCUUUUCAAGCACGCCCGGGAUGAGAUUGAUGCUGUGGUAUGGGCAAAGUAAAGUCUAAAUCUCAACGGUUCAAUAACCAGUACAGUUUAUCACAUUUUAUUGCAGCACAGUUUAUUUUUAUACUCAAAUUGGCAAGCAUUAAAAUAGUGUUGUACUUGAUGUUGAACUAAAGCAACAAACUGUGCUGCAACAUUUGCGAGGGAAGCGGAGUGCACAUUUAUCAGAAGCUUUCAUAGAAGAGUUGUGAAAGAUCAAAUAUCAAGUCAGAUCUAGUUAAGGUUAUGUCUUGGCUUUUGUGCCAGACAUUUGUAAAGUGGUAGGGCGGUUAGUGAUUAUUCCCAGGCUGAAAAAUUAGAUUCAAUCAUUAAUUUUCCAAUUGGAUAGAACGCCAGUUUAUGUUCUGCACGGAAUUCAGUUCAAGAGCUUAGUACCUAAUGAGGCUGAAUAAAUUCCUUGAAUUUUUAUUUUUUUGAACUAUUUACUUUUUAAAGUAAUCUAUUUUCCAUAAGUAGCCCUUGAGCUGCACAAUA